UGAGCGCUCCUGCGUGCCGCGCUCAAGGGCAAGUCCCAGAGGCGUUAACUGCGCGUGCAGAAAGGGGCAGGCGCGCUGUGACACUGGUGCGAUAUACAUAUCUGUUCAAAGGCUGCUUCCAGCGCUCGAAGAAUGACCAGCGUCCAGAGAAACCUGUGGUAUCUUGCCUUGCUUCAAAUUUCGCUCUUAACGCUGUUCGCUAGCAGGCAUGGUAUCUUCGCGGACGUAAACAAAUCAUUUAAUGUCUCGUCGCUGUGCCUACGGGACCGGCAUGCUUCGCUGUACCGGACCAUCGACGGCGCCGUGCUGACAUCUGAAGGCGAGAGCAACCUCGACUGCGUCAUCACCUUCCAGACUGACUCCAUCUUAAAGCGCUUCUUGCUUCGCUUCGAAAGACUGUCGUUGGACUGCCACGACCAUCUAGCCAUUUUUGAUGGCACCCAUGCUAUAGGACGUAGCAAGGCAAAUCUGUCUUGUGGAAGCUCACCCUCAGACGUCGGGGACAUCUCCACACAGGGAAACUUCGUGACCCUCAGAUAUACGACAGAUAAUGAGAGUCCUCAAGGGAGCGGCUUCAAGCUCGUCAUUACGGCCUACAGGAACCGCUUUAGAGAUGACAUGCCCAACCUGAGGUGCCAGGAUUUUCAGUGUAACAACACUCUCUGCAUCUCAAGCAACUUGACGUGUGAUGGUGUCAACCACUGCGGAGACAACAGCGACGAGACGAGCCACGCUUCGUGCGCAGACUAGGAAGCUCAUUGCGAGCUCGAGGCAGAGAAUCUGACUCGCUUUGCGAGAUUGCCUGCCUGCUUUUCUCUCUCCCUCGCCCGUCCUUCAGAAACACGUUCUGGUUGACCUCCCGGUCUUAAUAUCCUGCGUCAUUCGCGCUCUCUCUUCCGAGUAGGCGAUAAUUCUACAUUCUGUAGUCAGUUCAACUGCAGACUGGUGCUGAAAGCGAACAGAAACCAAGUAAAUGUUUUUUAAUGCGUGUCGUUGAGGAUGAGCAUUCGCUUAGGACGAGUUUCCGCUCCACCUACUGACUUCCAGUUUCGAAGGAAAAUCUGCGAAAUAUACAACCAUAUGAAGAGGGCUGUUGUAGUUAAGGUCCAUGAUAGAUAUGACACCGUAGCAUAGGUUUAGUUUGAAAUAAUUUCAGAUAUAGCCGAUUAAGUGUCAAGAAUAAUUAUUUUAUUUAUUUAUUUAUUUAUUUACAGGUUCUGCAGGCCUAUACUUAGGCCCAAGCAGGAGGGGCAACAACAACAAAAAAAGUACAAUGUCACAGCACUUAAUUAGACAACUUAUAGUGCACUUGCACAACAGUGUUACGGCACAUAAAGAGUGAUCAGAACACCCAUGCGCAGCAGAAGUCAACUAACUACAUUACUCGGGCACUGCGAAUACACACCAUAUGGAUACAUCAUUCAGAACUAAACAAAAAAAGUUUCAAGCUGUUUUUCAAUAUCUUCGGACUGAAAAGCACUUAUUGGCAAAGAGUUCCAGUCAGCAAUAGUCCUAGGAAAAAAACUAUUUUUAAAAGCAGUGGUACGGGCAAAAACUGGCGCCAAUGAAUAUUUAUGCUUAUGUCUUGUUUUUCUAGAAGACAGAGGUUUCACACAGUUGGGCAGACUUGUUGUAACUUUACCGGAAAGAAUUUUGUGUAGGAACGUUAACCGAUUAAUUUUCCUGCGAGUUUCCAGUGUUUGGAUGUCGUUCAGUUGCAUAAGUUGUGUUGGCGAAUCAUAUCUUUUAUAUUUGCUAAAUAUAAAUCUGACAGCCUUCCGUUGAACUUUUUCAAUCAAGGCAAUAUCUUUUUUACAUUGAGGGUC